UUCUUAUUUAUAGAAAUGUCGAAAUUACUUGUUAAGAAUGUUCCUACAGACUUUUCUGAUGGUGAAAAAGAACAAUUCUUCUCAUUAUUUGGGGCAACAGAAGUAAUAUGUUUUCCUAAAAGUGGAAAGAUGAGAAAUUGUUGUUAUCUGACAUUUCCAGACAGGACAACUGCAAAGCAAGGACUUUAUACAAUACAUCAAUUUGAGGUUCUUGGACAAAAACUGGUAGCUGAAUAUGCUAAGCCAAGCCACAUUGAUUCUGCAGAUCAGAUUUAUUGUAAGGAAGUUCUUGAAAAAAAAGUGUUUAUUGGAACUCACCUAGAAGAGAAAAAAAAAGUUCAAACAAAAGAGAUUCCUGAAAAAAUUCAGAAUGGUAUAUGUUCUAAUUUAAACAUCAAUCAUGACUUUCCUGAUCACUUGGUGUACAAAUAUCCAGAUCCAAAUGUGAUGAUAUUAACUAAUAUUGCCAAUGCACUGGCAGCUGUGCCUAAGUUUUACAUCCAAGUGUUACAUUUGAUGAACAAAAUGAAUCUUCCUCCUCCUUUUGCAACAGUAACUUUAACACCGCCUCUUCCUGGUGAUAGCAUAAUUUUACAAGAUGCAUGUGUUGAUACUUCUGAUUUACAAGAAUUUAUUUCUAGUGAUGAGUCUGAGAUCGAAAGUGAUACUGACCAUGGUAAAAAACAUGAAAUUUUUAACUCUAAUCAAAUGCUGAUGGGACCUGGAAAAAAAAGAAAGCGUUUAAAACCCUUGGCUAAAGUGGAACAAGAGAAAUUUAAUAUAGUGAAAACAAAGAGCUCUCAACCUGUAGAAAGUGUGUUUGAGUUAUCAUCGUCAUCAAAACGAUAUGAAUUUCAGUUAGCAAGCAGCAUCAAAGAAGCAGUUGAGAGAAAGAACCAACCUGCGAUACAUUAUAAUGUUUUUGAUGAGAGGGGUGAGUUUGGGAAGAUUGCACCAUUAAGAAAAGAUAGCGUCAGUCCCCUAAACGAUGAAGAUGAUGAAGAAGAGGAAGAACUUGAUGAGGAUAGAGAUGCUGAUUAUAUAACAUUGACACAACUGAAAGAAAAUCGAAUUUCAGAAAAGGAAGUUUUAUCGAUGAAUCAAUUUAAAAACUACUCACCAGGAGAAAAAACAAAUCGGUUGUACAUUAAAAAUUUAAGCAAACAGGUUGUAGAAGAAGAUUUAAAGUUUAUAUUUAAAAGAUUUUUAAGACAUUGUUCAGAUCAAGAAAAGGAAAGUCUUGAUAUCAGAUUAAUGCAAGAAGGAAGGAUGAAAGGCCAAUCUUUCGUUACCCUUCCUUCUGAGGAAGUAGCAGAGAAAGCUUUAAAAAAUGUUCAUGGUUACAUUUUGUAUGAAAAACCCAUGAUAAUUCAAUAUGGCAGGGCUGGAAAAACCAAGCAGUAGUAAAUGUCAAAUUUGUUAUCAUCAAUAUUAUACAUUGUCAUGAAUCUUGCUCUUUUAUUUUUUUAAGUAUUAUUUGUUUAAA